UUUCCUCACGGCCCUGUCUCUCUAACAUCUCCUCCCUUCUCUCUCUCUCUCUCUCUCUCUCUCUCUCUCUCUCUUCUUUCACCAUGUGAGUCUGAGCCCUAAAAACCAGCGGCCAUGUCUCUUCGCAGAUCGUUUCUCUCUCGGAGGUUUUCCUCAAAGUCGUUGUAUAGAGUUCCAAAUGGUGUAGGAGAUGGAAUUCUUCGAGUUGCUUCGUCGGAGGUCGAAGAUGGCUCUGGUCAGCCCAGCGGCGGCCGGAUGCAGUCUGAAUCUGCUUGGUCCUCCAUGCUACCGGAGCUUCUUCGGGAGAUCAUUCAGCGGGUUGAGGCUUCUGAGGAUAGUUGGCCUAACCGCCAGAACGUUGUUUCGUGUGCUUGUGUCUGUAAGCGUUGGCGGGAUAUUACUAAGGAGGUCGCCAGGGCCGCCCCUCUUUCCGGGAAAAUUACUUUCCCUUCCUGCCUCAAACAGCCUGGGCCAUGCGAUCCUCCGCAUCAGUGUCUUAUAAAAAGGAACAAGAAGACUUCAACAUUUUACCUUUAUCUUGCCCUUGCACCAUCAUUUACAGAUAAGGGAAAAUUCCUCUUAGCUGCGCGAAGAUAUAGGCAUGGAUCUCAUACUGAGUAUAUAAUCUCUCUUGAUGGUGAAGACUUAUCCCAAGGAAGCAAUGCUUAUUUGGGGAAGUUAAGCUCCGAUUUUCUUGGUACCAAUUUUACAAUCUAUGAUAGUCAGCCACCACAUAACGGUGCAAAGCCAUCAAGCAGUAAAUCAAGCCGCCGCUUUGCAAGCAAGCAAAUUAGCCCACAAGUUUCUGCAGGGAACUUUGAAGUUGGGCAAGUCUCUUACAAAUUUAAUCUUUUGAAAUCAAGAGGCCCAAGGAGAAUGAUAUGCUCUCUGAAGUGCCCAGUAUCAGAAGACACUGGCACCAGCAAACCUUAUGAGGACUCGAAGAUGAAGAAAUCCGAGUCCUUUUCUCCUUCAUCUGGGUCGACAAUCUUAAGAAACAAGGCCCCUAGAUGGCAUGAGCACCUGCAAUGCUGGUGCUUGAAUUUUCACGGUCGGGUGACGGUAGCAUCCGUUAAAAACUUUCAACUUGUCGCUGCUGUUGACCAUAGCCAGCCAGGAGUUAAAGGGGACGAAGAAACAGUCCUCCUACAGUUCGGAAAGGUAGGCGACGACACCUUUACUAUGGAUUAUAGGCAGCCAUUAUCAGCUUUCCAGGCUUUCGCCAUUUGCCUUACGAGCUUCGGCACGAAGUUGGCAUGCGAGUAGUAGUAUAUUUUACCAUUUUUUAAAUUAAGAAACCAGGGCUUGAUUGAGAAAAAAAAAUGGAUUUUCUUGUACAUGGUGCUAUGAUUGUGUAAUUGGGACCAACUGAAAAUGAAGUUGAGAGCAACAAAAACAAUAUUGUGGUGCUAGCAAGCACUGUGGCUUCUUUAACUCUUCAUGUAUAUGUAAUAUAUAAUUCAAUGGAUGAGAAUUGUUAAUUCAUCUCAA